UAUAUGUAAACCUUAAAAUAGUAAAACAAUAAUAACAUGGGGCGCCGUAAUUUGCACAAGACGGCAAACAGUUUAUUUAUCUCUUUACACACUCGUAUAACAAGUUGAUCCUUUUUCCGGUGUAUCCUUCACAAUAAAAGUCCCAGACAUAAACACUGGAACACUGAUUCCUAGAGAACAUUUUAAAGUAACUCAACAUAGUUUUCGUAAACAAUAUAGGUAUGAAGUUAAAUACAGCAACAAUAGCACCGUUUUCAAACUAAAAACAGGCGACUUGUGAUAGUGUGGUAUAUCGUUUAUAAUAGUAAUACAGUAAUAAUAUGGGGCGCAAGACGGCAACUACUGAAUCUAUUUUCACACACUCAAAGAACAAUUUUUUCUCUCUCCAGUUUAUCCUUCCCAACAAAAUCCCCAGACACAUGAACUAGAAAACUGCUUCCUAGAGAGGUGUUAAAGUAACUUAUAUAACUUAACUAUAUUUAUAUAUAUAUAUAAAUAUAUUAAACAUAAGUAUCAAGUCAAAUACAGCAAAAAAAGCACAGUUUUCAAACUAAAACACCAGCGCGCGCCCCCGCGAGCUGCGCGCAACAGAUGUCAGCUCGGAGGAGGGCGCCAAAUAGAAAGAACGACAGACGUACGUUUAGAAAGAGCUGCUCUAGUCACAACAAACCGGGUCCACGACCCGGACCCCCGCUCGUCUUCGCGGUCCCGUAUAUGCGACCCACCGCGUAGCCUGGAUGACGUCAACGGCUGAACACAUGGAGGCCGACAGUGUGAGCAUAUGGCCACGCAUGGAUCCCUUCUUACUGGGUGCCCUGCAGGUGGCGCCCUCCUCCAAGCUCAGCUUGCACUAUCUUCGCAAGAUGGCGAUCUACGUGCGGACGCGGGACGGCUGCUUCCCCAUUUUGGGCUGGCCCAUGUGGAGGCACAUCGCCUGUGGAAAGCUGCAGUUUCCGGAAGACCAUGCGUGGCUCUAUUUCGAGACCUUUGACCUGCUUAACGGCCACACGCCAGAGGAGAGGCUGGAGUGGGCAGAGUGUCUUUCCCAGUGCUCCACCAAAGAUGAGCUGGAUCAACAAAGAAACAAGCUGUCUGUGGACACACUGCAGUUCCUCCUCUUCCUCUUCAUCCAGCAGCUGAACCGAGCGUCUCUGCGCACCUCUCUGAUCGGCGAAGAGUGGCCCAGUCAUCGCACUCGCUGCCCCUCUCCCACCGACCGGGAGGCCAAGACCAGCUCUCAGAACAAGAACUGGGACGAUCAGGCUCACCUGUCAUUUGUGCAAAGCCAUCUCGCUGAGAUUCUGGAGCUGCUGGUGGAGCCCGGCCAGCUGUCACAAUCUGGACACGCCCUCAGAGAUUGCCAGAUAUCCCUGGAGGCCGUGCGGAGCUUGGGCCUGCUCCUGGAGGGUUCGGUCAGCCACGGCAGAGCGGUUCAGCCCGUCCACAAGCUGCUCACCAAAGGUCCGCUCCAGAUACAGACCGGCUACUCCCCCCUCAGCCACUCCUUCCCCCUGCACCAGCUCCUCGCUUGUCUCCACCAAAGCCUCACGCUCAACCCCUUUGGGAUAACCGCCUGCCUGAGCUCCGGCAAGAAGCUCGCCUGGGCUCAACAAGUGGAGGGCUUCAUGAAGAGAGCCAAAAUAGCCCGAAAUACCCACACGGCCCCGCCUGGCAGUAAGAUAGUGCUGCUGUCGCAGGUCGUCAAACAGACACUGGCGAAAACCUCGGACAAGCUGACUGGCGCCAACAUCAAGAUCCACAGAUGCUCGGAUGCCUUCAUAUACCUUCUUUCACCCCUCAGAUCAGUCAGUGUGGACAAAUGCAGAGACUGCACGGUGGUUCUGGGUCCUGUUGAGACCAGCGUCCACAUCCACAGCUGCCAGAACCUGCGGGUGGUGUGUGUGGCCGGCAGGAUCGCCGUCGGAGUCUCCUCGCGUUGCACCAUCCACGCCUUGACGCCCACCCGCCCCUUGCUCCUCCCCGGAAAUGUGGACAUCACGCUGGGGCCUUUCCACACCGUCUACCCCGCCCUGGAGGAUCACAUGGCCAGCGUGGGGCUGGCUGUGGUCCCCAACGCCUGGGAUCGACCCUUGCUCCUGGGGAACGAGGGCCUCUCCAACCCGGACCCCGCCUGCUACCGCCUGCUGCCCCCGGCCGAGUUUCACGAGCUGGUCGUGCCUUUCCGGACGGAGGGCGACACGUGCGAGGUGCCUGGGGGAUUGCCUCCUCCGUAUCAGGCGGCGCUGGACGAAAAGCAGAGGAGGAUUCAGAACUGGCAGAAGACUGUGAUGGAGGCCCGGCUGAAUAAGGAGCAGAAGCGCCAGUUCCAGGAGUUGGUGGAGGUCAAGUUCCACGAGUGGCUCCUGGAAACGGGCCACAGGCAGGAGCUGGACAGCCUCAUCCCGCCCGCGAUGGCGUCUUUAAGGGACUCCAGUGGGCCCGCCGCAGCCGAGGCGCCCCGAGUCCCUGAUGCCAAGCCUACGAGGAACGGCCGGGCCGUGGGACAGUCGCCGAUGGCUUGUUGAAUUGAGUCUGACAUUUGUAGCGGCUUGUUACCGAGCAGGCGAGUGCGUUUACCGGAAGUGUUGAUGCACGGCACCGUCACACCGAGCGAUGGUAAGUCCGGAGCCGUCGAUCCAGCUUUUAUUGCCGCUUACGUCCCACUGGUUCUUGAGUCCGCAAUGGGCUGCUUUACAAGUCCGUCUUCAGAAAAAAGGCAGCUAAGUCCUUCGCGUGUCCAAAGCCGAGUAGGGGGUGGAUUGCAUGUUGUCUCCUUUGAGGAGAGCUACACAGGGUGCAGCAUCUUCAAAGUCACCACAAGAUGUGAAAGGAACAAGAAAAAGAAGGACAAAAAACUCAGGGUAUGUCACCUUUUGGGAGACAGAAGGUCUCAAUCCGAGCUGAACAAGGCUCUGGACAUCUGUCAGUCACGCAGACGUGCCCUAAAACGACGGUCUUUUGAAGAAUCGAUAGCUCUUGUAUGUAAUAAUGACUCACAAAAGCUUUUUUCUUGAGUCAGCGUUUGGAGUCCAUUAGCAGAGCUUGGAUUUACAGCACUUAUUGCAUGUGGCAUCACCAGCACUCUGCUUGAGGGGAAGCUGUGAAAGUGUCGGCGCUCUUCCAUUAAAGCCAUUUCUUCCCAAACUGCACACAUAUAUGAACGAUAUAAAAAAAAUUCAAAGAAAGAUGUAAAGAUGGAGAAUAUAGACGGUAAAUGAAUGCAGCACCUUAGGACAUAUUAGUGCUCCUACAGUUACUAGCUCAGGUCAUCGUAUUUUUUGUGGGUGGACAGAAAAUAAUAAAUGACAAUCAAGUGUUUUCCAUUAUAGGGGGGCAGGGGCAAGAACUAUUAACAUAAUUUAUUCUAGGUCCAAACUAUCAUAUUGUAUGAAGGUACAACAAUAUGUCUACACCGCUCUGUCGAGCACCAUCGAUUUACUUUUUCUCUGUAGGUCCGUUUGAAGAACUGCUGCUGUUUUAAUGUUUGUUUAUGUUUGUAUUAAUUCACCUGUAUGAAUAUGUAUAUUAUAGUAGGACUAUUUUUUCAUAAAUCUACCUGGCCUCCUGCACCGUCUUUUAGCAUUUAACCUCCAAGUGUACUUCAGCCCAGUUAGCUUCCUGUUUCCAUCAUUCCACUCAGACAAUAGACCUGCUGCAUGUGUAUUUGGGGCAUUUUGAUUGGUUGUUGAUAGAGAAAAUGUGCAGUUAAAAUGCUGUUUCACAACAGAAUGUUACGGUAACUUUUCAGGAGUGCUGGUAUGUGAUUACACUGUUAAAUGCCUGACUGCUGGACAACUUUGGUUUGAACACACAUGCACCUCGAAGUAGUUACGACACCAAGAGCACAGUCUAGUUGGCGAUUGUUAGAAAAAGAAAAAUUAAUUAAAGUUUUGACUAAAACCA